GAGGAAGUGAUCUUUGGGAGGGUUAGAGGAGUGCUUCGCCAGUUUCAACAUGGAGUUGACAAGAGUGGUCAUCUCAGCCCUCUCACUGCUGGUGGCAUUUGGAUUGUCUAGUGCCAAAGUUGAGGAGGAGAACCCAGAGUUCUGGAGGUCGCAAGCCCGGAAGACUUUGCAGUCAGUGUUGGACAGGAAGCUUAACACCAAUGUGGCCAAGAACAUCCUGUUUUUCCUUGGAGAUGGAAUGGGAAUCACAACGUACACAGCUUCUCGUAUCCUCAAGGGACAGCUGGAGAACCAGACAGGUGAGGAGACAGUGAUGACCAUGGACACCUUCCCGAACGUGGGACUAGCUAAGACCUACAGUGUGGAUUUCCAGAUUCCAGACAGUGCAGCCACAGCCACAGCGUAUCUGUGUGGAGUGAAAACCAACCUAAACACUAUCGGAGUUAGCGCAGCGGCUCGCAACGGAAUCUGCAAGACACAGAAGGGCAACGAGGUCAAUUCCAUCCUGAAGUGGGCCAAAGAUGCUGGCAAGUCUGUUGGCAUUGUAACAACCACGCGGGUGCAACAUGCCACCCCAGCAGCCAGCUACGCCCACAGCGCCAGCAGGAAGUGGUACAGUGAUGCUGACAUGCCCGAUGCCGCCAAGAUGGACGGCUGCACCGACAUCGCCUCCCAGCUCCUCAAAAACACUGACAUAGAUGUGAUCAUUGGUGGUGGUAGGAAGUACAUGACCCCUAAGGGUACAAAAGAUCCCGAAUACCCCAAGCAUUACUCCUCUAGGGGUAAAAGAAAAGAUGGACGUAACCUCAUUGAUGAGUGGCAGAGCAUGAAAAUUGGAAAGGUAGCCCACUAUGUGUGGAAUAGGACAGAUUUCAAUGCUGUUGACCCUGAAACCACUGACUACCUCAUGGCUCUGUUUGAACCUGGUGAUCUGCACUUUGAGACGGAAAGGGACCCAAAUAUGGACCCAUCCAUUGUAGAGACUACAGAAAAGGCUAUCCGCAUCCUCCAGAAAAACCCUAAAGGCUUCUUCCUGCUAGUGGAAGGUGGGCGUAUUGACCAGGCUCACCAUUCUGGCCGGGCAUACAUGGCACUCCAUGAGACGGUUGCUUUUGACUAUGCCAUCGCCAAGGGCCUUGAACUCACCAAAGAGCAUGAAACUCUAACUAUAGUGAUGGCUGACCACUCCCACUCUGUAACCUUCAAUGGAUAUCCAUUUCGAGGGCAGAGCAUUCUGGGUAAAUCUCCGCUGUGGGCUACAGACGUGUUGCCUUACACCACACUGAUGUACGGCAACGGACCCGGACACAAAAUCACCAACGGCAAGCGUCCAGACAUCCGCGAUGUCAACACUAAGAAUAAAGACUAUGUCCAGCUGGCUGCCGUCCCCACGCAGUCGGCCACCCACAGCGGGGAGGAUGUGGCAGUGCUCGCCCGUGGACCUAUGGCCCACCUCUUCCAGGGUGUCCAAGAGCAGAACUACAUCGCCCAUGCCAUGGCCUACGCCGCCUGCGUGGGCGCCGACAUUAGGCACUGCCAGGGACAAACAGGAAAUGAAGCACCUGCUGUUCACAUCACCUUCACCAACAAUAAGAACGGAGUUGGGGCGACUUGUGGCUCGCCCGCUCUGCUCAGUAGCCUCCUCUGCAUACUGCUGGCACAUGUCUUGCUGAUGUAGGUGCCUUUUCCUCAGUGAAUCCUAUUGAUCUCACUCCACUUGGCAGGAAGGUCAGACGUCAGGGUCAUAGGAGGUGUGAGCAGGGAUUGGCUUAAGGUAUUUCCAGCAGGACCAGAGUUAUGUUGUUAAGAUAAUAUUAAGAUGAUUAGAAGUCACAAACUAAGAUACAGAGUUUUGUUGGUCUAACAAAGACAAACAAUAUACAGUAUGCAUCUGCUAGAGAUUGACAAA